AUGGUGGUGGACCCGAGAUUCUAUUCAGCAUUCCAGAUUGAACUAGCCUUCGUGAGAAAGACGUUGACGGUCGCAGAUGGCAACCUCAGCUGUGUUUUGGACAUCAAUGGAAAUGUGAUCUUUAUAAUCAAAAACAAAAACUUUAGCCUUCAUGAUCGCCAUAUCUUGCUUGAUGCAACAGAGAUUCCGAUUCUAACUUUCCAGAAAAAGCAUCGGAGCAUACAUAGAAGGUGGCAAGCUUUUAGAGGAGAGAGCACAAACGCGAAAGAUUUGAUUUUUAGUACAAAAAAGUCGUCGGUGAUUCAGAGAAGAAUUACCGAGCUCAAUGUGUUCUUAUCACAAAACAAAGAGGAAAUAGUAGGUGAUUUUAAGGUUGUCGGAGACCGGAAGAAAAAAUCGUGCACGGUCUAUUCAUUUGAUGGUACUACUAUCCUUGGCCAGAUGCACACUAAUCAUGUUGACACGGGCUUUUUGGAGUCUGAAAAGAACACAUUUGGGAUAACUAUAUUUCCCAAUGUCGAUUACGCACUCGUGGUGGCACUCAUGGUGAUUCUUUAUGAGGUCGACAAGGAUCGUCGUAAGAAAAAGAAAAUGAAGGGAAAGAAGGAUGGUAGUACAAGGGAAAUAACAGAAGACAAUGACGACACUGACGAAGAUGAGGAUGAAGAAGAAGACGACCCCAGUGACGAUUCAAAUUGA